AUGGCGCCACAGACGUCAAUACCUUUAGCUGCGAACGUACUCGGGACCAUUGGAACAGUAUUCUGGUGCGUCCAAUUACUACCGCAAAUAUACCGGAACUGGAGAACCAAGAAAACAGAUGGACUGCCUGAGUCCAUGAUGCUGCUAUGGUCAAUUAGUGGGGUGCCCUUCGGAGUGUACGCCAUCGCGCAGCAAUUCAACAUUCCGCUUAUCGUCCAGCCGCAGUGCUUCUGUGUGUUGUGCGGUGUUAGUUGGGCGCAGUGUCUUAUUUACAGCCGGAAAUGGCGAACCUGGACUGCAUCCCUUCUGCUCUUCGCUCUUCUCGUCUUAUUCGCAGGGGUAGAAGUUGGUCUUGUUUAUGCUAUCCGACAGCCAUACGCCGACGGGUUGGAGUGGCCAGUCCUAUUGAUCGGCAUCGUCGCCUUUCUCACUCUCAUCUCAGGCUACAUACCUAUCCCAUUUGAGCUACUCAAGAGACGGGGCCGUGUCGUAGGUAUAGACUUCAUCUUCUUGGCCAUCGAUUGGAACGGCGCGUUCUUCUCGCUGAUGGCUCUCGUAGCCCAGAACGAGUUUGACGUGCUCUUCGGGACCAUGUACGCAUUAUGCUGUGCCAUCGAGAUGAGUAUGGUCGUCUCACACUGGGUCUGGCUGUUCCGAACUCGUGGGAUCCGUAAACGCGCGAAAGAAGCUGGCGUGAAGUUCGAUGAGUUCGAGGAAGCAAUAACCUGGCAGGCUAAGGGUAUUGAUGUCGAGAAGAAGAUCUUGCGCUUCUUCUCGAGAAAGAGCAGGCUCGAAGAGAGUACACACACACAUGGAAAUGAUAUGGACACCCCUGUCAACCCGGAGGAGAUAACACCAAAGACAGUCCCGAAUGCGGUUGUAUAA